UGCACGGGCUCAUCAUCCGCGACAUUGAUCUGAUCUUAAACGGCUGAAGGAGGUCGGCAAGGAUGGCUGGAAACGCUUUAAGAUCAACGGAUCUUUGAUGUCAUCCAACUCAACACCAGGGAUUAAUUCUACUUUUCUGAAGUGUUUGAUGUUGACUGGUGGAAACACAACAUUUUGUCCUGUUGUCUCGUGUCCUAGGUGCUGUGAAAAGUCAAACACAGCCCAGAACAUUUUCCAGAGGAGUGCACACUGUAACAUUAAUUCCAGGAGAUGGAAUUGGCCCAGAGAUCUCCACUGCUGUAAUGAAGAUUUUUGAAGCAGCUAAAGUUCCUAUUCAGUGGGAGGAAAGAAACGUUACAGCCAUAAAAGGACCAGGAGGCAAAUGGAUGAUUCCUCCUGAAGCCAAAGAGUCAAUGGACAGAAGCAAAAUAGGGCUAAAGGGUCCUCUGAAGACACCUAUUGCUGCUGGCCAUCCCUCCAUGAACCUACUUCUCAGGAAGACCUUUGACCUGUAUGCCAACGUGCGCCCAUGUGUGUCUAUUGAGGGCUAUAAGACCCCUUACACAGAUGUCGACCUGGUUACCAUUAGAGAAAACACAGAGGGAGAGUACAGUGGAAUUGAACAUGUGAUUGUGGAUGGGGUUGUGCAGAGUAUUAAGCUCAUCACAGAGCAGGCAAGCCGCCGCAUUGCAGAGUAUGCCUUUGAGUAUGCCAGGAAUAACCAAAGAAGCAGUGUUACAGCUGUUCACAAGGCCAACAUCAUGCGCAUGUCUGAUGGCCUCUUCCUAAGAAAGUGCAGAGAGGUGGCUGAGAACUACAAGGAUGUGAAGUUCACAGAGAUGUACCUAGAUACAGUUUGUCUCAAUAUGGUGCAGGAUCCCACUCAGUUUGACGUGCUCGUCAUGCCCAACCUUUAUGGUGAUAUUCUGAGUGAUCUUUGUGCGGGACUAAUUGGAGGUCUAGGAGUGACUCCUAGUGGCAACAUUGGUGCCAAUGGUGUUGCCAUAUUUGAAUCGGUGCAUGGAACUGCACCUGACAUUGCUGGCAAAGACCUGGCCAACCCCACAGCCCUUCUGCUUAGUGCUGUGAUGAUGCUACGACACAUGGGAUUGCACGCGGAUGCCAAGAAAAUUGAGACUGCCUGCUAUGACACCAUCCGGGACAAGAAGGUUUUGACCAAAGACCUUGGUGGAAACUCCAAAUGUUCUGAGUUCACAACAGAGAUCUGCCGGAGAGUACAAGACAUGGACUGAAAUUAUGUCAGCGAUUGACUGACUGUCUAUGGUGUUCCUGACUCAAAGGAUGCAUACCAAAAAAAGUCAACUUCAUAUCAUUCUAAUAUCUACGCACAAAUCUACUAUUACUGUAUAUGUAUACAUGAAAACAAAAAUGGCUGACGGUUUAUUCUGGAAUGUUGUUUUUAUUUUAUUUUAUUUUUUUCACUACUUGAAUAACAUACGAUAUAUCUUCAUGUCCUAUGGUAUUCAUUUGUGAUGUACUCUCUCUCUAAUUGCACUGGUAAAAUAGCUUUUAUUUAUUGCUUGUAUUUCUUGUCUGUAUUUUAAAAUGCCUAUACCAAUUUGUAAUUCGGUUAAUAGCAAGCAUAUUCUCAUUCAAUAUAUAAAAGAUCAAAUUCAUUAAAGUUAUAGAUAUUUUGAAUGUAAA